ACCUAAACACACACACCAGAUUCCCUUUUACACUUCUGCCCCUGCAUUCUCUGGUAAUUGUUCGGUUAGCGUAGCCAUGGCCCUCCAGCACUACCCUGCCCACCACCACCACGACUUCCUCGAGGUGGAGGCCUUCCUCGCCGACAUCGGCUUCGGCUACUUCAGUGAGGUGCCGCCGUCGCAGGACAACCACGUGGUCACGUCGCCGGAGGAGCCCGUGGUCACGUCCCCGGAGGACGGCACGUCGUCAGGCUCGGGUGGUACCGUCGCGUCUGCCUCCGGCGCCGGAGACGACGACCGUGGCGGCGACCGGUACAGGGGCGGGCGACCCGGAGACGACGAGCGGAGGCUGCGCCGCAAGAUCUCGAACCGGGAGUCGGCGCGCCGGUCCCGCGCGCGCAAGCAGCAGCACCUCGACGAGCAGCGCGCCGCUGCGGCCGUGCUCCGAGCCUCCAAUCGGGACCUCGCCGCGCAGCUCCGUGACGCCAGGGCGCGCGCCGCGCUCGUGGCGCUCGCCAACGCCAGGCUCCGCGCCGAGGGCCAGGCCCUGGGCCGACGCCUCGCCGCCGCGCGCCGCACCCUCGCGCUCAUGCAGCUCUACGCCGCCUACGGCUCGACUCCGGCCGAUUCAGCGUGCAUGCGUUGAUCUCCCCCUCCCGGCCUGCACGUACGAGGAACAUUUUUUGACCUGGCGGAAGAUCAGACCGAACGAAAUGAAUGGACGGACGGACGGACGAACUGUUAUGUAGUAAUCACCACUCAUCAUAGUACCAUAAUCUUGAUGAAAAAAAUGGUUCUAGCUAGCAGAACGGCUGUCAAAACGUACGUACCCAGCGCCAGCAGGCAUGUGUUUGCACUGCACAAGCAAUAUAAGAGGACUGGCAUCCAUGAUUCUCUCGAACCAUUC